UCCGGUAGUUAAUGUGUUUUUCAUCUUGUUAAAGCGAAAAACCAACAAAUCUCCAUUAGGACGGACAAUGUCUUGGUACUGGAAUAGCCAUGGGUUACCAUUUUUACCGGGAUACACUUUCCGGGAUGUAACGAAAUCAGCCUUUCACCGGCCUCAGACUCUGGACUAUAAGAAUGGCUACGCUCUGCCUCAGCGCCCAUCCGUGGGCAUAGGACAGGACCCUCUCUUAUCAGAGAAACUGAUCCAGGAGGAGAUCAACAACAUGACCUUUGAGAAACCAGAUGUCACUUAUGGCUCACUUCACCGGGGCCUCCCUCAAGAGUUCAUCCCAGCUCAUGUGGCCCUGGAUAAAAAGGUGCUGCGCUUCUAUGCAUACUUACAGGAAAAUAUUUAUUCCCCUGAUGAAGAGUAUCGUAUACGCCCCGUGGUCAUUUACUACUACCUUGAGGAUGACAGCAUGUGCAUUAUUGAGCCGAUGGUGGAGAAUUCUGGGUUACCACAAGGGAAAAGAAUUAAACGGCAGCGACUGCCCAAGAAUGAGCGUGGUGAUUAUUAUCUCUGGAAGGACCUUAACCUUAGCAUUGACUUGGAGGUGUAUGGAGUCAAGUAUCACAUCGUACAGUGUGACAUGUUUACAAAGGAAUUCAUGGAGAGUGAGGGCAUUGUACUGAACGAGCCUGAACCAAUGCCUGUGGAUCCUAGUAGAAAAUGUCGUGAAAACCCUCUGCCUUCUUUCACAACACACUCUCAAUUUGACAGCAUGUAUCGUUUUCUAACCAUGGACCGUAAGGUGCUGCGUUUCUUUGCCUUUUGGGAUGAGUCACACUCCCUGUAUGGGGAGACCAGGCCUGUCACCAUUCAGUACUUUCUGGCAGACGACACGGUGGAGAUCAGAGAGAUCCACAAACCAAACAGUGGCAGGGAUCCAUUUCCGGUUCUGAUGCGGAGACAGAAGCUGCCCAAGAAAAUCAAACCGGAGUCUGAGGUGUUUCCGAGCUGCGUACUGGAGGUUUCAAAAGAAGAAGUGGAUGAGUACUACUCCCCCAAAGACUUCCUGGUGGGUCAGACGAUAAAGCUGCUGGGUCGUCGCUUCCACCUUUAUGACUGUGAUGGAUUCACUAAGGAAUAUUAUCAGAAGAACCACCCUGAUCUGGAGAUAAAGCCAAUAGAGAUACCAAAGAAGACGGACAAGCCUCAAAGGAGGACGGAGAAGGCUCCUCCCUACAAUGGUUUUGGUUCAAUUGAAGAUUCUCUCCAGAAUUGUUUAUCUUUACAUCCUGAGCCUCCAAAGAAGAACUUAGAGAAGAUACUAGAAAACGCAAACAAAGUGCUGCACUACAGCGCCAGGCUGGACUCCCAGAACCCUGAGGACGAAGGCCGACGUUUUGUACUGUCAUACUUUUUGGCAGAUGACAUGAUCAGCAUUUUUGAAAAGCCCACACGCAACUCUGGCAUCAUCGGGGGAAAGUUCCUGAAAAAGACACGCAUCCCCAAGCCAGGCUCUACAGUGGAAAAUCCUGAGUUUUACUCACCUGCUGACUUAGCUAUCGGAGCCACUGUGGAAGUUUUUAGCCAUCGCUUUGUGCUGACAGAUGCUGACCAAUUUGUGCUUAAGUAUCUUGAGUCUAUCUCAAGCCAGAUCCCUGUUCAGACUUUACAGUCUCUGCACCAGAAGAUGGGUGUGGGGAUGACUAAUAACAAGACCGCUGACCCCACUGGCAAAAAUCUUAUCAGCCAGUAAUGAUGAGGCAGAGCCAACUUCAUGACCUGGAAAGACUGGAAUGAUGUUCAGGUCCUAAUAAAUCAGAUCCCAAGACUUUGGCUCACACCCUUUUGUUGUCUUAAUGUUACCAUGUCUUUAAAAAUGGCAUAACACUGUACUCUGUUCUGUGUAAAAGGUGAUUGAUUAGGCAGAAUCUGACAGUGUUAAGAGUUUAUCAAAUACUCCAAUACUCCAUCAUUCUGUGCAAGAACAAAUUUAUAUAUACAGUGCCUAUAAAAAGUA